AUCCACGCCAGCCUGGUUCCCCCAAAUCUGAGCCCGUCGUGAUGCUUCCUGCCAGAUCCUGCUGAGACUUGCCCUAGCCUGCCCAGGAUGGGGGGCGGGCCGGCUCGCUCGCCCCCCCCGCCCUUUGAUUGUUAGCGCUGCAUAUAUAGCGUGUGAGAACGGGUGUGUUUGCUUAUGAUGAACACCUUUACAUCUCAAGCCUGCGCAACAGCUGUUUGGAAGAAAAUCCCCAUUCCGGUGAGACUUACUCUCUGUUCAGAGGCUUAUGAGUGGGGUGCUUUAACUUGCUUACGUCUUCAUUCUGUUUGCAACAGGAUAGCACGUUGAGGCCUACUUCCCAAGGGGGUAUGUAAACACACAGGACUCUUCUUUUGUGCCCAGCUGAACGAGCAACAUGCCGGAACAAAGUAAUGAUUAUAGAGUCGUCGUGUUUGGAGCUGCAGGGGUUGGCAAGAGUUCUUUGGUUCUUCGUUUUGUAAGGGGAACCUUCCGAGAGACGUAUAUUCCUACUGUGGAAGACACCUACCGCCAAGUGAUCAGCUGCGACAAAGGUAUCUGCACCCUUCAGAUCACAGACACCACUGGGAGCCACCAGUUUCCUGCCAUGCAGAGACUGUCCAUCUCCAAGGGCCACGCGUUCAUGUUGGUGUAUUCCGUGACCAGCAGGCAGUCAAUAGAAGAGCUUCAGCCCAUCUAUGAACAGAUCUGUCAAAUCAAAGGAGACAUUCAGAAGGUCCCUAUCAUGUUGGUGGGAAACAAAAGUGAUGACACCCAGAGGGAGGUGGACGCCAGCGAAGGAGAGGUCCUUGCCACCAAGUGGAAAUGUUCCUUCAUGGAGACAUCGGCCAAAAUGAACUACAAUGUGCAGGAGCUUUUCCAAGAGCUCUUGAAUUUGGAGAAGAGAAGUGUCAGCCUCCAGGUGGAUGGUAAGAAAUCUAAGCAACAGCGCAAGAAGGAUAAACUGAAAGGCAAAUGUUCAGUCAUGUGAGGUGCCAGGCACUGCAUCUUUUUCCCCUUAAAAUAGGAGCGUAGACUUGUUCUUACAGAACAUUAUUUCACAUGCCCUGGAGCAUGUCUGGAGCAGAAAUUUUCAGAGGAGUUGACCCAGGAUAUUUUUGUUUUGUAGUUUAAUAAAUUUUGGUUAGGUAGUUUGAAUGUUCACUUGAUGAAAGUUGGGUCGUUGCAUGUUUUCUUCUGCGCUAGCAAGCAUUCAAAAACAACUGCCAUCACCGUCCAUGCCCCCUGCAACAGCCAGUGUUACUCAUCUAUACUACAGGACAAGCUGCUAUGGUCACAUAUAUGAAGAAAAGCAACAAAAGCACUCUGAUGUCUGCAUUUUACCACUGCUUUGUAAACCAUCUCCAAGCGAUCAUUUAUGCAAAUGCUUCAAGAGAACAAGCGAUUCACACUAGGGCUACAGUCAGUAUGCCAGACACAAACAAAAAUAGUACUUUGUCUAAUGUUUGUAUAUACUUCAGUAAAAGUUUUCAGAUUGAUCUUAACCAGAGUAAAAUCAAACACUGACUAUGGCAAAUGAUUAUUUUUAUCAUUUACUGUAGUUCUUUGAAUCUAUAUGCUUGUAGGAAAGGAGAAACUGCAUUCCUUACCAAAGAAGUGCUCGUUGCUUCAUAUUAAAUGUUAAAACUUAAUAUGCGGUGUUUGUGUAUUGGCAAGGAUUUUAUGUGAACAAUUAAAGUGAUUUAAGUA